AUGCGGGCCCAUGAACUCAAGCAACUGAACCUGAUGAGGAAGCCGUGGAAAAUGCCGUCGUGGCUCCUCCCAGUCUCUGCCAUCGGCCUCUUCGUAGCGGUUCGGCUGUCUGCCGACCUUGUCUCAGUCUUGUGCCCUGCCCCCCCUGGGAACUCCGUCGUUGAUCCUCCGUCUUUUUCCACGGGUUUCUUGUCUCCCUCCGUACUCUGCGUCGCCGCGGGGGAUGCCGAUGAUGCACACAAUGCAGAGUCGGAAGACCCCCCUGCGCCCGCAGAGGCGGAUCCGCUGGGCUCCAGUUCGCUGAGCCAACGGUUCUACCAUGCGAUGACUACACCCCUGCCUGACGUGCUUGUCGGACCCGAGACAGCUGAGCAGCGUCUAGAAAAGGAAGUGCGUCUCAUUCACGGCCUUCGUGCUCACGAAGUCGAGGUGGACAAUGUCCAGAAACAGAAGAAGCAGGCAGUAAACCCCGUCGACCUCAUUGGUUCCCUCAAAACAUACUCCAAAGAUGUUUCACAGUUGGGAAAACGGCAAGAAAGCGGGGUCCAUGUGAAACGAGCAAACAUCUUGAUUCAGCAAGUCCGUGCUACCAGCAAGGUCCUCGGCCGCAUGGCGCGAUCGGUGCGAAAAGGCGAGCAGGCGAUAGCGGCGCUGCUGAAAGACGCGAAAGCGUUGGCAGGUUCGAAGAGUGUGCCUGAACGAGUUGUGACCGCCAAACUUGACCUUCUCCAGCGCCUCAAAACGAGUGUGGACACCAACACUCAACUUGCAGACGGACAAGUGAAAGCGAAGCUGCACUUCAGUUCCUUGCUUGGUGAGUUGUUUGACGAACUCAAGUGGCUGGGUCUGAAUGGAGUUCAGACGCAUGAAGCUCGCCGCCUGCAGCAGGAAGGCCGGGCGAUGCGAAAGCAGGUAGCAGUGAAACUGGAGAAGCUGAUGAAGGGCCACGCCGCUCUGAGAAAAGCGGCGAGGCGCGCGACCUCGGUUGUGGACACUGCGCUGUUUUCAAUCCUCAAGAGCUCGCUGGCGCGGGGGAAGCGCAUCAAGGUGAUGGCGCGUCGGGUGAAAGAGCAGACAGAGCGGCUGGACAUCAUUCUCGCGGAGGCGAAUGAUGCGGGUCGGCACUGCAGGAAGCUGCAGAAGAAAGCUGCGAAGUCGCGCUCCGAGUCAGUGAGCCUUCACAUCGCAGAUCGCUCUCAAACCCUGUUGGAGACCGUGGUGCGGUACGUCAUGAUCUCGAAGCAGAGUCUGGCAGUGGGCCUCAGCGCACUGAAUGAUAUCUCUUCGUCGUCGCGAACGCUCCUCGGCGUCGUGGAGCUCGAGCCCGUCGCGUCCUCCGAUGUCCACCGCGUGCAGGCGACCGUCGCUGACAUCCGCAGCCGCGCCCAGACUGGCUUCGAGCUCCACGACAUGUUGACGGAGGGUCUGAACCGCGAUACGCGAGCGGUGUUCCGCGCUCUGCGUCUUGCCUAUGGCCAGUGCGACGCCGCCUCGAAGUCUUUCUGGACUUCGCUGCGAAAGGCGCUCGAACUGCGGUCUCUCCCGCCUGCGCAGGCACAGCAACUCAGCCACAUGCUUUCGCGGAAGAACGCGGUGGCCGCGAAUCUCGCGGCGCUGGUGGUGGACGUGCAAGGCGUUAUGCAGACUGCCUUGAAGGCCAGCUCGCGGCGCCGCGCCUCAGGCAUGAGUGGCGCGGUAAUCGAGCUGAACACUGCGACUGAACUUCUGAAAGCGCUCGACGCGGCGAUGACGGGUGCGUACGCAGCUCAAGUCGGCGUCGUCGCUCUGCCGAGCUUCGUGCAGAACAUGACUGCGAGCCUGCACCUCCUCCGGACACGCUUCUGGAGCGCGCCACACCGCCGUCUCAAGGCCGUGAUCAAAGCAGGCAUCCAAGGCACUGCCCGUGGAGCUCGCUUGGCAACAGAGCUCGAGGGCUCGUUCAAGAGACUGAAUCGCCAGCGCCUCCAGUCUAUGCAGCGGAGAAAACAAGCGCUGUAUCAAAUCCAGAAAUCCGUCAUUGAAGCCUUUACGGCCUUUCACAGACACGAGAAAUUCGUCGGCGAGUACAACCGCAGAAGCGCCGAACUCGAGGUGGCCGAAGCGAUGAUGUCCGUCGCGAUUGCCGCGCUCGACAAACGCUCCUUGGAGAAUGUCAACCGUAACAUGAAUGGCAAGGGCAAAACGAAGGCGAAGAAGGGGCGGAGGAAGAACGUAAAGGGCACUGUGUUAGACAAGGCGAAGGCACGCGCAUUCUCCAGAGCAAAGACGAAGCUGGAGAACAAUCUGGAGGCGAAGCGGGCCAAGGUGAAGGCGAACGAGUUGGCGCGCCUCAACAUGAGUGGGAAGGUGAUGAAAAAGAUGAAGGAAAAGAGAAGGGAGAAGGAAAGGGCACAGGCGGCCGCGCGUCGUAUCAAGGAACAGCAACGAACUACCACCUCCUUCGAGCAUAGCUACGUGGCCGUCGCGGUGGCGCUGCGGUCGUUUGCAGUGCUCCGAAAGGCCCUCGAUCUGCCCCCGUUCCCAGGCCUGAAGAAGAAGGAGAGACUGCUGCAUGCGCAGCUCGAGGAGGUCCAGAAAGUCCUUCGCACGAGCAUCAAGCCGUGGACGCCAGAGGUCGUCGUCAGGACUCUGAAGAACGUCGAGGCGAAUCUGGGGCGCAUUGUGCGCGUGCAGGACACUGUGAUGCGCGUUCUCGAGCGUCACGGCACCUUGAUGAAGGCCCACACGAAGACGCUGUCCAAUGUCCUCCGUGCUUUCUACCUGGCCACGGGAUUGAUGUUCAAGACCGACUUGCGGAACGCCAAGCAGCUGCUGGCGGCGGCGGUCGCAGGGCGCCAAGACAUCAUCAGCGCCGUCGACAAGUACAAGACGACGUGUGGGAUGCUCCAGCGCGUGACAGAUCCACAGGCGCCGCCGAUGAGCUUCCGCGACGCUGAGGGGCUGCUCGUGGCGAUCCACAAACUCGACUCGCUGGUCGAUCGGCUGUGGAAUGUUUUCCUAUCCACCUUCGUCUCGCUCAAGGAGACGUUGAAGACGAUGGAGCGACGCGAGGCGCUGAUGCCGCGCGAGGUGAAGAAGAAGUCCAGGCGGAGUCGUGUAGAUAUCGAGGCGGUCACCAAGAGCCUCUGGGAGUCCGCGUUCGAAGCCCACAAGGUGCUGCAGCGAGUCCAGAGCCUGGUGGCGAAGUGGCGCGUCUCCGCAGCGGAGAAGCUCCGCGAAGGCAUUGCGCGAAAGCUGCAGGAGGUCGACGAGAACCAACGAAAGAUCACGGCUGAAGCGGCACGUCUGACCGAGGAGACCGUGCGUCACAAAACGAUUGUGACAGCAGGACAGAAGCUCGACUUCUCCAGAUUGAAUGCGCAACGUCGGGCUUCCUGGAGGCAGGACUUCGGAAAGCUCCAGGAAGCCGAAGCCGCUCUCCCUGCGCAGAUGCAUUGGCAAGAGGGCGCUGCGAAAUACGUCGCUGAAGUCGCAGAGUGGAUUCACGCGCGCCAUUGGAGCAUCUACCGCGACGGGUCCGACGUGGACCACAAACUCGCCGUCCGCGUCAAUAAGGCUGCAUCCAACGCCCUUAAGGAGCUGCGCAUCGCGCAAGAGGCCCUCGACCAGCUCUUACUUCGGAAGAAGGAGGAGACGGCGGUGACACAACUGGGUGUCUUGGCGGCGCACCAAGAGGCACUCGCGACGCAGCUCAAGACGCGCGCUGCGGCGAUGACACAGGUCGCGCAGAAUGCCAAGGAGACCCUCCGACUGGCGCUUAAGGAGCCAGAGGCCUUCCAGGCGGACGCCAAGACGAGGGAGAAACACCUCGUCGCGCUGCAGAGCCGCAUCAAGGCCGUGCUCGAAAAGUACGACGGUGCGGGUGACCCAAGUGUCAAUCCCGAGGACCUGUUGAAGGAGAUGGACCGGACGAAUAGCGAGGUGACGGACCUCCUGGAGAGACAUCCGCACUUAGCAAAGCACGCGUGGACCGUGGCAAAGGCGUUGAAGCACGGCCGUGGCUCCGUCUCGAAGAUCCGGGACGCCUCGAAGUCUAUGGGGGGCGAGCUCGAGAUUCUGCGAUCGCUCGCGGACACUCUCGAGACCGACCUCCGGGUCUUGGAGCUCAACCGGAUGCUCGUGGCGGCGGAGAAGCGCGCUCGCAACACUGUGGCUGGACUCACCAGGUUGAAGGAACUCGAGAUGGAGGCCUUGUCUGACGCCCAACAUGCGGAGUUGGCGGCCUCGAGAACGGACGACUGGGAGACGGCGAACACUGUGCUGGCUCGCGCGCGCGAUUUGCUCCACAAGGCGGAAAAAGAGCGCGCGACAUGGCAGGCGGCGCUGCGCGAGAGACAGCAGGAACUGAGUGUCAUCAACGAAAAGUGGGACGUGCCUGACGCAGCAAAAUGCGACGCGCAAAUGCGCCCUGUAGUGAGGACCGUCAAGGCGCUGCGCGACACCGUGGUCAAACUGACCGCAGAAGCGAAGGAGCUGGUCGACGCGGAAGACACCACGUACACGGCUCUUCAGCAGGCUGUGACGAACCUUGAGAAGACCACGCUGCGGCGGAGACUUGUGGUCGCGCGCCACCGCGUUGAAGAAAUCGCUCGCGCAGACGCCGUUACCUGGAAGGAGAUCGCAGAGCUUCCCGCCGCCGUCGACUCGGUGCGCCGCCGUCUGCGCGUUUUCCAGGAGACUCUUGGCGAGACGACGUGGCGCAAUGGCUUGUCGGACGAAGCCGUGAUAAAGCGGGCCGCAGAGAUGGACGCCAGGUUCGACCGCGUAGCCCGAGAAGUAAAGGCGCUCCAAACGAUUCUGAAGAGAGACACGGGCGCGGAGGAGGAGGCGGAGGCGCAGGAAAUCGUCGCAGCCUUCGCUGCGAGCGGUCAGAAGGACGCUACGGUCCAGGCCGACGUCGCGAAGCUGCAGCAACGAGUCUCAGAGGAUCAGCAGGCUCUCGCUGCGGCGCGUAAGGGCAUGAAGAAAGUCAACGCGCUCUUCGCGGAGGUCAGCCGCCUCGACGAACAACGUCGCGCCAGAGACCAGGUGUACACGUUUCGAGUGCGCCAGGAGAACCUCGUGAAGGAAAUCACCAUGCUCGUGGGGAAGCAGAAGGCUUUGAAGAAUCGCUUGAAGGAGCAGGCCGAGCGCGGGCUGAAGCUGGAGGACGUCCCCCAGAGUCGUGUUGACACGUCCGCUUUAGGUGUUACGGACGAUCCGAAUGGCGACCUCUCCAAGAUCGACUCAUGGCUACAGGAGGCACAAACGCUGCUCGAGGAAGGCAAUACGCAGAUGUUGAGCAGCUCCGAGCAGAUCCAGGUUGUGGACGAAACGCGGCGAGACCUCAGGGACGACAUGAAGAGCGCUUAUUUGAAGCAGCACCCCGACGACGUCGGCCGUUUCGCGCGCGAAGGCGAUGAACAGAAUAGACGUCUCGAGCAGCUCCUACAUGAGGCACGCAAUGCGAACGACGCGAUUUCAGUGGCCCUCGCGGUGCUUGAAGAUCAGAAGAUAAAGGUCGCCGCGAAGGUCGCUCCGCUGCGCGUAGUGGUUGCAGAGACCGAGAUCGCGCGAAUGGCAGAGGCGGAGACCCAACUUGCGUCUGUCAUCAGGGAUCUGUUGGGUAGGCACAUCAGACUGGGGGAGCAGAUGCUUGAGUUCCGACACUUUCUCGAGGAACAGGAAGCGUUCCUGCUGCAAGGGUCGGCUGCUUUCACUCGAUCCCGGUCAGGAAAAGAAGCCGACGAAAUCAGCCGCCGCGGCGCCCGCAUCAUAGAGGCCGCAACGCAGCUGCGCGCAGCUUGGGAGGCACAUGCAGACGACCGUCUCGCGCUAGCGCGCUUCCAGCGGGAGCUCGCGACCGGCCUGCUGCCGACUGAGCAGCUGAAGGAGUACGCGACGAACCCAAACGUCGCAGAGGCUGUUCGCGACCUCGUGACCCGCCGCAAGCAGAACGUGCAACUCGUAGUGCAGGGGUCGAAGGCGAUUCAAACGAUGGGCCGAGAGUUCGCGGACACCGCGAAACGCGCGGGGGAGCUUUCGAAGCUUGCUCAGUCUGUGCGCCGAUUCUUCGGCUUGUCUUCGGGGCAGGCGACAGUCCGGGCGCAGCUUGAGACCCUGGCGGAGGCAGCGAAGAAAACCCAACAGGGCGCCUCAGGUUUGAUCCAGCAGCUCUCGACUCUCCUCUCUCGCGCAGAGCAAACGACGAAGUCGGGCGACGCCCUCGACAUGGGGCCUGGGACGCGCGAACUGAUGGACUCCGCGCGGAUGGCUCUGGAGAGAAACCCUGUGGAGCAGUGGCACCAAGACCUGGAGGCGAUCGGCGGGCAGCUUCGCCAGCUCGACGACUACAUCGCGAGUCUUCCGCAUGCACUCCUGGACUCGGACAUCUUCGCAGAGGAGUUGAACAACAUUCGACUCGCCCAGGGUGCUCUCUACAAGAGUCUGGAGAGGAGUCGCGCGAUGGUCGACGCAGCGGAUCGGAGACGCUUCGACCUUCACGUCGCAACGACCGCGGCGACCGACUUCUUCCACGGUGCUACCUUGACCUCGGCGCGCGAGCACGUGGAGAAGCUCGGUGCGGAAGAAACGGCGCGCCACAGAGAGAUCGAGUUGGUACGGAGUCAGAUUGAGGCCCUGAUUCGUGACUUGAAGACUGUCUUGACUUCCGCCAGCGCCGAAGGCUCUGCGGCUGCUGUCGACCGCAAUGCCUCGGCGCGCGUGCAGCAGCUCUUGAGUCGAAGAAGCGCCCUCGAAGGAUUCGCGGGCAUCAUAUCGCGAGUGAUGCAGCUCGUGAACCAGCGGGAAGAGGUGGUUCGCCAGUUGUUGAAGCGUGCGGGUACGACGGGCCCCGUCGAGUUGGCCGCGGUCCCGGUAGGGGAAGCAGUGGCCCAGAGCAAGGAGAUGCUGAAGGCUUGUGAAUCUCUUGUGAGCGAGGCGAGAGCGCUCUUUGCGGCCGUCGAGCGCCUGGGUGGUGAUCUCGCGAUCCUGGCGGAAGUAUCGAACGCGCGGCAGCGCCAGCACCGACUCCAAGGAGAAGCCCAUCGUGUCAAAGCCCUGCUUGAGCAGACACUCGUCUCGGCGCAGAGCCAGAUCGUCAAAGUCAGGGGCGCCUACCGCAGUGUCGCAAGCGACGACGCAAACGGCAACCCCAAUUUCCAGCAGGCGAACUCGGUUCUCAGCGUGGUGAAGCUGGCGGGGCGAGAUGCGGCGACUUCGGUCGUGCAUAUCACCCAGGAGAGCGCGAACCUGGACCGAGAAAUCGCGGAUAUCGAGGCAAAGACGCAGGCAGCGACUGGACCCGUCCGCGCGCAGAUCCGGCAGCUCCAGGCAAUUCAGGGGGAGCUGCGCGUCGCGAUCUCGCAGCUGAGAGGGCGGAUUGCUCUCCUCGCUCGGGCCGCCCAAGAGCUCGAGGACGCCGCAGGAGACUUGACGGGACACCUGAAACGGCAGGCGCUGGCGGUGGCGCAAGACCAGAUCGCGGCGAAGAUGAAGGAGCAGGAAGAUCUUGCAGAAGAAGUUGAGCGCGACGAAGCAGCUGUGGACCAGCUCCGGAGAGAUGUGGACCGCCUGCUGGCGAUGCGACAGCGGCAUGCCGACGGAAUGGACGCAGAUGCCGGCUUCCAACCUAGGCGCCUUUCCUCUCAAGGUGACCACGUAGCGAAGGCCGAGGAGCUGGCGGCGCAUUUGUCGGAGACCGCCGCGCGUGUGCAGAAUGCCCAGCGCGAGUUGGCCAAGUCUGAGGCCUCCUGGAGACGCUUCGAGGGUCUGCGGGACCCCGUCAACGCGCUUCGCAGUCUCACCAACAAGAGCUCGAGGACGCUGGACAGACUAGGGAGGAAACUCGGACAGAUUCUUUCCGACCUUGCGGGUCUUGAGAAGGUCGGGGAAGCCUCCGAUGUCGGCGUGCUGAUCUCCGACGCCCACGCCGCUCUCGACCGACUGUCGGGCCAGGCCGACGGCGUGGUCCGCGAGGCACGCGAGGUGCGGGGCGCGGCCCAGAGUGCCACUGAAGCGUGUCGCCAGGAGAACUCGGCAGUCGCGAUACUCAGAUCCUCCUUCGCAGAUAACGCUGUGUACGGUCGACGCGCAGCGGUCUACCAAGAAGCUGUAGCCACGCUGCAAAUCGGCGACGCGAAGAGCCGACAGUGGUCGCACAUCGUCAAGGAGACCGAGGGCUCCUGGACGGUUCUCGGGGAAACCGUGACGCUGCUCAGGCGAGUGGAGAAGAAUCCAGUAGUCUUUGAGGGCUUGCGAAAAGUUGCAGAACGUCUAGAGCUCCUCACGCCAAUGGUGCGGCAAAUGGCGGGCGUUGUCAAUGACGCCCGGGCCGCGCUUCGGAAGCUUUACGAGGAAGCAAACGCGCUGCGACCUCAUGUUUUCGCUCCCCGACCUCAGCCAGACAACAGCCUCGCUGACUUGGAGUUGCGCGCGAACUCCCUGCGAUCCGAAGCCGAGGGACUUCUGGUGAAAGCUGAGAUGGCAGAGCGGCAAAGCAAGGCCCUGGGUCGCGGUCGCGUCUCUCGGCCUCGGCGAUGGAGGCACGGCGAACCGUAUCCCACUCGUGUCGAUGUUGACGGACUCCCCGAUCUCGAAGCCGCCGCGCAAUCUGUGAGGGUGUGGCGAGAACACCUUCAACGUCUCCGCGAGGCCAACUCUCAAGCCGCGCGUGAAGCCGCCAAAAGCGGGCGACAGUCCGCGCGCCUUCUGGCAACCACGGCAGAGACGGACGCGGCUCUUCAGAGACUUGAAGCCAUGCUUAACGACCUAGAACGCGACCUGCAGCGCGAUCUCCUCGAGCACCAGGUGCACAGCGAGAUUCACCGCGACCGGGGGCACGAUAUGCAACGCGACCGAGACCGCGAUAUCGAACGUGAUACGAGGCGCGACCGAGAGCGCGACAUGGAACGUGAUGCGCAUCGCGACCGAGAGCGCGACAUGGAACGUAGUACGAGAAGCGACCGAGAGCGCGACAUGGAACGUAGUACGAGACGCGACCGAGAGCGCGACAUGGAACGUAGUACGAGACGCAACCUAGAGCGCGACAUGGAACGUAGUACAAGACGCGAUCGAGAGCGUGACACGGAACGUGGUACGCAUCUCGACCGAGAGCGCGACUCGGAAUCGCGGGCGCCUGUGGAACGCCGAAGAAAAGACCGAAGCCGCAGCGUGUCUUCUCUGGCGCUUCGCGGGGAGUCGAAGGCCGCGACUCAGGUUCCGCCGCUGUCGGAGGAAGUCGCAGAAGUUGAGCACCGUAUGCAAGAACGCGUGGGCGCUCUGGGCAACCUGACAGCGACCUUUGCAAUCCGAAAGCCGUCCGAGGACUUGACGACUGGCGAGGAGCUGUGGGCCGGUCGCGAGGCUCUCCAACACCUCGAGAUGGAGGCGCGGAAGGCCCUCGGGAAGCUCGAGGACGUUCUAGGGUAUGCGGCGAGUGUCAAAAGGCGGCUUGAAGCAGCGCGCAGCGCGCGAGCGGCGAACUCAGCAGAUGGCUCCGAGAAUGAGGACUUCGGGUACCUGGAGAAGAGGCUGGAGGCCGCGGUGACAGAUGGCAGAGCGUCGGUGGCCAGCGCGAACGAGUGGCUUCGGGAGGACACAAUGACCACGGAAAUGGAGGGGCGCGUUCGCCGGCUCUUCUCCGACGCAGAGGCUGUCCGAGACGCGCUAGUGCAUGCGGAGCAGUCAACCAGCUUCUACAAGCAAGAGACUGCGCAGCAGCGAACUGUGUUCACUGCGUCUGCAGAGUUGGUCGCGAAGUUUGAAGGGAAUGUUACGGCGUCCGGGGAGCUCGAAAGAGCUACGUGUCACUGCGUCGGUCGUUGCCCCUUGAACGAUCUGCAGGCGGCGGUCGCGGGUCUCGAGAAGGCCUCCGCGGACGCCAAGGCGACUGUGAAGCGCCUCACGGUCGCGGUGGAUGCGGCGAGACACGUGAGAGACGCGAAGAUCCGUGUGCCCGCGUAUAUGCAGGGGUAUAUCGCGCGAGCUCAAAACCUGGUCAGGGGCGCACACGAGCGGCUAAAGGAGCUGCAGCGGGACCGCGCGGUCCUCGACGAUGACCUCGCCGUUUCGAGGGCGGAGUCACAAAAGGCGGUACGUGCGGUCCACGAGCUUUUCCGUCGGAUCUUGUCUCAGAGAUUGGCCUCCGUCAGCGGCGUGGCUGAACAGAUCGUGGCGAAGAAGAACCGUGUGUUUGAGGUCGGCGGGGAGGUCCAGAGGCUGCUGGAGCAGCUGGAGAGGAUGGCGAAGCUGCACAGCAGCGAGAAGCGCGCUGAGACUGUAGACCAAGCUGUUGCGACUGCCGAGAUGCGUUUCCAGGAGGCGGAGCAGCUAGUGAACGAAAUGCAGAAGCUGCAUCAGGACGCACCAGAGAGGUGGCCACUCGAGUGUGGCUCUAAUUCGUUCGUGGCAGAAGACGCUCGCUCAUGGCAGAGGGACAUCGAAAAAAGCCACCGAGACAGCGCAGGACAUGUUGCAGCUGCGGUGCGGCGCCUUGUCGACAUUAGCGUGAACGUCGAAGCGAUCAAGGGUGUGCGCGACACGAUGGUUGCGCAGACUGCGGUAGCAGAAAGCCGUCUGGCUAGUGGCCGAGAGUUCCUCCUUACUCUGAAGGCAGCGAUGCAACAGUUCUCAGCUCGUCUCGACAGCGCCCAGGCUCUGCUGACGAAAGCCAAGUCGCGCCAGAGGGACUUGCCUGUUCGCGGCGAUUUCGCGGACGGCCUCGCGUCUGCCUCCGUUGAAGUCAUCGAGCAGAUCGCCCAGGAUCUCGCGAAGGCCGGGAGCAUCGCGACGCUGUGCCGGCAGCAGGUCUCGAGUCUGCGCCGGUACACGCGGCUGUCCAGGACGCUCCUCGGGAACGCUGAGGCGUCUGAGAAGGACGAAGCACUGCUGGCGCUCGCGGAUUUGAAGGUGACCGCCGAGGAAGUGCAGAGGGAAACGACGAGAAUGCGGGACGUCGCUGCGGCCGUGGGGAAAGCUGAGAGUCGCCUGGCGAGUUAUGCGCGGAAGGCCGCUGCACACUCGGUCGACGUGCUGCUGCGGACGGCGGGACGCCGCGACCGCCAGUCGCGACAGCUCGUGGGGCUCUCCGAUCGAGUCGCCGGGGCGCAUGCAAAGGUCAUCAAACUUCAGACCGAACGCUUUCAUGUGACGCCUGGAGAGGCGGAUCCCACACAGGAGGCCAAAAAGCGGCUGGAAGAGACGACGCGGAUCCUCUCCCAGGAAGAGACGAUUGCGAAGCAGGUCGACGAAGGUAGCGCAUUAGUGCGCGGUGGUGUUGCUGCGAUUCGGGCUGUCGAGAGAGCCCUGGAUAAGGCGUUGCUGAAUCGCAGCCAGGCGAAAGACCUGGCUGCCUGUGCGACGGAAAAGGCCGAGACAACGGCCGCAGAGCAACUCCGGCGCGCGCGAAGCCUCGUCCGCGAGAUGACAAACGCCAUAAGUUUGGCCGAGGUGAACGAGACGCCCCUUUACCUCAGCUAUCCGUUCCGGAGCGCACACGCAAAAUCUCGCAGCAGCGAGAGCCCCGACCCCUCCCCGGCGCAUACCUCCGUGAGUGUCGAACACGUAGCCGAGAAGCGUCGCCAAGCUCAGGCCAAUCUCUCUUUCUUCAAGACGCGUUUGGAGAGUCUGAAGGCCGCGGGUCACACUCUGGAGGAGGCUAGCAAGAAGCAACGUGCAGCUGCCGUGAAGCUCAAGGGCCUUGCUGAGGAACCCGGUGACAAAGUGGGAGGCACACCUCGGCGUCUCGAGGGGAAGCUUCACCCUGCAGUUCGUGGGUCAGACAAAGUGGAGCAGUCAUUGACCGAGCAGCAGCGGCAGCGCAUUGCCUUGAUUCUCGCCGCGAAACAGGAUGUGUCAAAGGCGCAGAAGGCCCUCGCGGAGGCCAACAACGCAAUCCAAACUUUGUCUGAGGGACAAGAAGAGGCAGCGAACCGCCUACGACAGCUGGAGACAUCUCGUGACGCCGUGAGGGCCACGGCGCGCAAGGCGCCUGCAGGCAGCGACAUUUCAGUGAUGUAUCGGGAGAUUGAGGAGAUGGUCGAGGAAGGGCGACGUCUGUACGCCGAGUACAGUGCGCAACUGAAGAGGACAGCCAGCCAACGCGCGAAGGUGGAGAGGGAACUGGAGCAGCAGAUCGUCACGGUGAAGCAGCUUUUCGACUCUGUUCAAACCAGUGAGGCCAGUCUUUUUGGCGGUAGCGUGGAGGAGGCGCGGAAAAUUUUGGCACAGAUGGAGCACGAUAGCGCGGAGGCCCAACGCUUGGUAGACGAAAUCCGCAAACUCAUCGAAGAAACUUCAGAAACGUAUAGCGAGUCGCGGAGCAGCGAAGCACGCAGACUUCUCGGACGAGUGAACACGAUUACCAACACGGUCAAGAAGUCCAGCAAGAGGGUGUUGGAAACGAUCGACACCCUGGAGAGUUCCGCAUACAACAACAUCGCGGCGUCGCUGCGAGAUCGGCUGGAGAAGAUUCAGGGAGAGCUCGAGGCUCGCCGAAAGGAAGCCGAGGAAGCCCUGCUUCGGAAUUCCGACCACGAAAAGCUCCUCGUGCUCAUCCAAGCGAGCGACAAGGUGCGCCACACGACAACGCAGGUGACUGAAAAAGCGAAGGAGCUCCGUGCAGUCGGCGCUGAGUUGUCGAGACUUUCAGCCGACCUCGAGAGAACUGCGAAUAAACCGGAGGCUUCAGACUCAACGGCCGAGUUCUGGACCAAGACCGCGACGGCGUUCCUGGCUCUGCAAAACCGCGUGAACGACGCAACCAACCGAGCGACCGGGCUCGGCACCAGCGCCCAAGCGCUCGUCGCGGUGGCGAAGGAAGACCUGCGCGACGCCCAUAAUGUCUGGAGCCAGUGCCGACGAGUCCAGGAUGAAAUCCUCAUCGCCAGGUGCCACGACUUGGCCGCGGCGGCCACGGACGCUGGCGAACGGGCUCUCGGCGAGCUGCAUGCAAGUAUGGCGGAAACCGUCAACCUCCAAACGUUGUCCCGGGCGGCGGAACACGAGGCCAAGGCCGCCCUCUUGGCGCUGGCGAAGCAGAGUUUGUGGGAGAGCAUGGCGAAGGCGGAGAAGACAUCAACUCGAAGCAACAGCUUGCUUGCAGAGCUCCGACAGAGUGCGGGCGAACUCCGGGCCCUCGUCGAGGCUGCAAGCAACAUCGCUGAGAAGGGAGAGUCUCUGGGGGAGACCGAGGACCAGCUUCAGGUGGAGCGCAGCAAGGGACGUGGACAGCGCAUGAGCGUCGUGGAUCCAGAGCUGAUCGUGGACGCAGAACGCAUCGCUGGCCGGGGGGCCGCGCUCGCGAAGAAUUUGACCAACGCUGUAGGGACCAUGCGCGCGACUGUGGUGCCGGAAGUGGUGGUCGAGCUCCUGAACGAACCGUCACUGGCGGCGGGAAUCGAGCAGCAUGCCAAGAGUGUCCAGGCCCAGGCUCAAGCGUGGGAGAGCGAGGUAGCCAUGGUCCUAGCUGAGAUGCAAGAUCUGGUUUCCGAGCUGCAGGCAGCAAACCGGACGAACUCCCCGGCAAACGUUCGCCACGAGGUCGUCGCCAACCUCGCAGCCGUCAACUCGCUUCUUCAUAACACAGAGUCUGACCAAGUAGAGACGGUGGACACCGGCCCCGAGCUCAUGAGGGCGACUACUCUUCUGAACCGAGCUCAGUCGCUUCUGCGGACUGCUGUCGAUCCAGGAGACCCCGACACCCAGGAAAACGCGGACUUGGAAGCACAGGCAGAAUCCCUCAGCGGACGGUUGCAAGAGCACAUGGACAAGCACAACCUUAACCGCUUUGAGCAGUUCGUUUCGUCCACGGGGAGCGGUCUUUGGUCUCUGGAAAACCUCGGAUUGCCGCCGAUGGUCGAGGCAGCGCUCGCGGCUCUGGCCCGUACGCAGUCGGAGGCCGCGGAUUUGAUGCGUGAGUGGUCAAGGAUUCAGGGCCUUGACCAGGAGGCGCAGGCAGACCUGCAGACGCGGCUCAGGGAGAGACUCGAAGCGGUGUCAGCCGAGACCCGAAAGGCCCUCGGAAUGCUUCAGAGCAGUCUGCUCAGCGAAGUUCAGAGGAACGAUGCGAAGCUUCAAAGAUUCACUGCAAUCCUCGCUCAAGGCGCGGACCUUGCCUCUCAACUGACGCGUGAAGCCACAAACAACGGACCAGUGUUGAUGGCUCGGGCGGUUAGGUCGGACGAAGCGGUCUCUGAGACUCCGCGAGACCCGGCGGGAAUCCUGGAGCAACUGGUUUUGCUGUUGGAACGUGUCCAGCAAGAGGGAUCGUCUGAAACGAACGAAUCCGUGGGUGAAGCCGCCGCUCCUACAGACACCGCGGCACUCGAGAGCUUCCGCAGACUUGCAGAGAACUUCCAAGGGGACAACGCGGUAAUGCGCCGGUCGGUCGACGCCGCUGCGAUCGCUUUUCAGAGGGCGACGCGAAGCGAGCAACAGUUGAACGAGACCCAGGGUCUUGCUUUCUCGGAGAAGAGUGCGCAGGAAGCUCCCGCGGCGUUUGUGGAGAGACUCAGCUCAGUGAUGCAGAAGGCCGAAAAUGAUCGAAAGAACCUCGAGGUUGGCCUGGGCGUCAGUCUAGGCGUUGUCCUGUUCCUCAUCGUCAUCGUCGCGGUAGUUCUCAUGCUCGUGAGGAGACGAUAUAGACGUCGCCUACUCGUGCUGACUCGCUGUGAGUCUAAGGAAGUGUCGGACAACAAUGCAGUUGUCGCGCCCGUCGAGAGUUAA